AUGAAAAACAGAACAAUCACCUGGACUCAAAGUAUGUGGAGGCUAUUUUUUCUCAUCGAACGUUCUUGUAAACUGCGUGAGCCUGUUCUUUUUGUUGGUGACACUGGAGGAGGCAAAACAACAAUCUGCCAACUACUAAGCGAUUAUAAGGAGCUAAGAUUGCACAUCCUCAACUGUCAUCAAUACACAGAAACAUCUGAUUUCCUUGGUGGGUUCUUUCCUGUGAGAGACAGAUCCAAAUUAGUCACUGAAUACGAGAAUCAAGUCAACCAGUUGAAGUGCUCUGAGAUAUUGGCGCCUUUUGGCCAAGAUAUUGACCUUUCUGCAGAUAUUGGUAGAGCUGAAGUGUUGAUCAAAUCAAUAGAGGAAAUUCUGGAGAAGUACAAAAAUGAUUCAGUAAUAGGAGUUCUUGAGCAAAUAAGGAACAAUAUGGUGAUGCUGUAUCAAAAGUGGCGCGCAAUUUUUGUGUGGCAAGAUGGGCCCCUUGUGGAAGCGAUGAGAGCUGGAAAUAUUACACCAACCACAUGCAGGAAUUUGAAGAUCCUGAGAUUGGUGGAUUCGAAUUCUUAG